GUCAGUCUUCUGAAGAAGAUGGCGGCGUUGGAGAAGGCGGAAGUGUCGCAGCUCGGGCCGCAGCUUUUGCGUGUGUGAGCGCGGCCUGCUGAGUGGAGGAGUGCUCCACCCUCACCAUGAACAACAAGGAGAGCACCACCGAGUCCGAGAUGAAGGUGUUUCUGCCCAACAAGUUGCUUGAGUGUUUACCCCACACAACCAUCCUGCCCAAAGAACGACUGCGCUGGAACACAAACGAGGAAAUUGCAUCGUAUCUAAUAUCCUUUGACAGACACGAAGAGUGGCUCUCUUGCACACUGAAGACAAGGCCACAGAAUGGCUCCAUCAUUUUGUACAACCGGAAGAAGGUGAAGUACCGGAAGGACGGCUACUGCUGGAAGAAGCGCAAGGAUGGGAAGACGACACGAGAGGAUCACAUGAAGCUGAAGGUGCAGGGCAUGGAGUGUCUGUAUGGUUGUUAUGUCCAUUCCUCCAUCGUCCCAACAUUCCAUAGGAGGAGCUAUUGGCUGCUGCAGAACCCAGAUAUCGUGCUUGUGCAUUACCUGAAUGUUCCGUCCCUGGAGGAUUGUGGGAAAGCGUGCCGGCCGCUGUUGUGUGCGGUUGCUGACCGUCGGGACAAUCUGCGCUGGAGCCGUGACGAGCUGCUGUCCCAACUCAGGCCUAUGUUCCACAGCAUCAAGUGGUCGUGUGGCAGUGGUGCCAACGGCACAGGCUCGGCAGCAGAGCUGAGCAUCGAGCAGCUGGUGCAGCAGAUCCUGGACUCCCAGCAGACCAAACCGCAGCCCCGCACACACACCUGCCUGUGCAGCCCUGCACUGGCCUCUGUGGGAGGUAACAUUCCUCACCGUUGUAACAGCACCAAGCACCGCAUCAUUUCCCCCAAGCUGCCGGCGCGCCCGUCCCCGUACCCGGCGCUCACCGAGGUGCAGAACCUGGCCGCCGACAACCCGGGCGCCACGUCCAGCCGCGACCCCGCCGCCACCGGCCUGGCCGAAGCCUCCGCGGCCACGGAGAGGAAGCCCGCGGCCCACGGCAGACCGGCGGCGACCCAGGACAACCGGGCGGCGGCGGGCUCCCCAAGCUCUUCCUCCUCCUCCUCUUCAUCGUCCUCGUCCUCGAGCCCGCCCCAGACCGCGCAGCGUGCCCCGGCGACGGUGGCCUUGGGCAACGGCAACGGUUUCUACGGCGACCAGCGGGCCCGGGGCCUGGCGACGGUGGCGCUCCCCCAGAACGCAGUGAUUGUCAUGACGACGGCGCCUCUCCCCGGCAAGAGUGGCGCCACCAACGGAGGGGAGGACCCUCAGGGCGAUCGCGUGACGUCGCGUCUCUCGCUCACGCCGGGCGGACGCCUGGUGUUGUCGCCCGUCCCCCCCAAGCCCGACACGCCCUCCCCGCCAACUGUCGCCGUGGGCAACCCGGCCAGCCCCGUGCCCCCCUCGGCCACCGUCUCCCAGACGCCCGGGGUCGCGACCCUCUCGCUCACGCUCCUCCCCAGCCCUGUGAUUGGAGGGCUCCUGCUGACAGACCGCCUACUGUCCGAGGCCCCCGCCCCUCUCCUCCAAGCCCCGCCUCCCUCUUCCACCACCUCCUCCCCCUCCUCUUCCUCCCCCUCUCCUUCUCUCCUCCCUCCACCUCCCCCUCCUCCCUCGCUCCUCCCUCCACCUCCCUCCCCCCCUGCACUCGUCUGCUCUCCUCCCUCCAUCCCGCUGAGCUUUGACCCCGACUCCUUCCUCAACAGCCCCAAGCAGGGGCAAACCUACGGGGGUCCCACACCGGCCUCUGCCCCCUCGCCCUCCUCCGCCUCUCCUCAGCCCCCGUCGCUGGCUCUCUCGCUCUCUCCCUCCUCCCCGCCCUCCUCUCUCUCCUCCCUCUCUUCAGACACCGAGCGCAAGAGCGGCGACCGGGAGGCGCAUCCCCUCGUCACCUCCUCGGUGUCCUCCUCGUCGUCGUCCUCCUCCUCCUCCUCUUCUCUCUCUCCACCUCUGUCCAUGGCGCUCUCUCCGUCCCGCUCUGCCCCCUCGCUCCUGCCGCUGUCGCUCGAGGCCUCGCUGGGCUUGGAUUCGCUGACGCGGCCCCUAAGCCCCGCCCCGGACUCCCAGCAGCCGCCGCCCAAGCUUAGCCUGAUUCGCCGGAGCUCGUCCCCUGAACCUCUGGAGCUGUCGCCACGACAACCUUGCUCUAGAGAGGGCCAGAUGAUGGUGAUUGGACAGGAGCUCCACUCCCCCACCAACCGGAUGUCGCCUCACCAGAAGCCCGCCCCUCAACUAAUGCCCAAUCAUCAAAAGCCUAACCAGCUGUCAGCCAAUCCGAUUUCAGCUCUCCAACAGCCAAACCACCAACUCAGCCAGCUGUCCACCAAUCCACUCCAAAACACUCAGCUCUCAGCCAAUCAGCUCUCACCCAAGCAGACCCUGACCAAUCAGACACAGGCAGAGCGGGAGAGCCAGGCUCAGGCUCAGCUGCUGUUGCUGCAGCAACAGAGCCACAGCCGACAGCCGGCCGAGUUCACGCACGCGCUCACACACACACUCACACACACCUUCGCCCAGUCCUUCACGCACUCCCUCCCUCAGCCCUCGGCCGGCGCUGCCCGCCACAUGCACCAGUGCCCGCUCUCCGUGCCCGCCGCUCACACUCACAUGCACGCCCUGGCGCACUCGGCGGUGCCGGCGUUCCCGACGGCAGGGUGCGGAGCCGGCGCGGGCGAUCCGGGAGUGCGGGUGAAGGAGGAGCAGUCGUCGCCCCUCUCGCGCCCCCCUGCCGCCGACUUGGAGAGCGAGGAGACGCCCAUGGACACGCACGUGGCCCCCUCGCCCUCCACCUCCCCCUCGCUGUCCCCCGCGGACCACCUGCACCCCCACCACGCCCACGCCCACGGGCACCAGCAGGCCGUGGAGGCCGAGCUCUCCUUCGACAGCGCCUUCCCGGAGCUCUCGGAGCUGAUCACGGCCGAGGCGGCCGCUGCUGGAGUGGGCAGCGGUGCCAACGUUGGCGGUGGCGGUGGCGGCGUGCCCGCGUCGGCGGGCGCCGGACCGGAGGUGUUCCCCGAGCGCUACGUGGUGCCCCCCCAGCCCUCGCCGUCCUCCGCCUUCAUCCCCUUCCCCGCUCACGCUGCCACCGCCGGACCCGGGGCCCACGCCCACGGACGCCCCGCCAACAUCACCGACUUCAGCCCCGAGUGGUCCUACCCGGAGGGUGGUGUGAAGGUGUUGAUUACAGGCCCCUGGACUGAAGCUCGUGGCCGCUACCUGUGUGUGUUUGACCAGACUACCGUACCUGCCUCACUCAUCCAGCCUGGGGUGCUGCGCUGCUACUGCCCAGCACACGAGGCUGGGCUGGUGGCCCUGCAUGUGCUAGAGGACUCCGGAGCCGUCUCUUCUUCAGUGCUGUUUGAGUACCGGGCCAGAAACGCAUCAUCACUGCCCAGCUCUCAGCUGGACUGGCUCUCCUUGGACGAUAAUCAGUUCCGUAUGUCCAUACUGGAGCGUCUCGAGCAGAUGGAGAGGAGGAUGGCAGAAAUGUCCACUACCCAGCAGCAGCAGCAGAAUCUCCAACAGCUAUCCCAUCAGCCUGUACAGCAAAGCGCACCGCCUCCCACCGCAGCCACAUCUGAGGAGGAUACACAGUCUGGCCCAUGGUUUGAACGGCGCAUCGUAGGGGUGUGUGAGCGCAUGAUGGCUGGAGGGAGGUGGGGAGGCGGAGGUGGAGGUGGCAGUGAGCGCCUCGUUCACUCCGUCCGCCACCGUGGCAUGACACUCCUGCACCUGGCCGCGGCACAGGGAUACACACAGCUGAUACGCACACUCAUCCAGUGGAGGAGCGUGAACUCCGACAGCCUGGAUCUAGAACAGGAAGUAGACCCUUUGAACGUUGAUCACUUCUCCUGCACGCCACUGAUGUGGGCGUGUGCUCUGGGCCACCAGGCGGCGGCGGUGCUGCUCUACCGCUGGAGCUCAGUGGCGCUGGGCAUCCCCGACUCGCUGGGCCGCCUGCCGCUGGCCGUGGCACGCUCGCGCGGGCACACGCGCCUUGCCCGUUGCCUGGAGGAGCUGCACGCGCACACCCAGCGGGCGCAGGCCGACACCAGCGUCAUGGCGGUGGCGGCGGCGGCGGCAACGACAACGACGACGAUGGGGCCCGCGCAGCAGGCGUCCGAGGAGCAGGCGCACCAGCCGGAGCUCACCAUGAGCACACACACACACCAAGUGCCGGCUACACCACCACAGCUGCCGCCCUCGCCGCUCUCCACCAGCCCAGACACAGGUCUGAGCUCCUCCAGUAGCAUCCCGUCCCCCAGUGACCCCCCGUCCCCCUCCCCGAGCUCGGCCUACUCCAGCGGCUCCGUGCCUCUCGGCUCCCCGCCGGAGAGCCCGCCGGACCCCAUGGACACGUCAGCGCCCUCCUCUCCCUCCUCCUCCUCCUCCUCCUCCUCCUCGCUCCCCUUCUCCCCCUUGCCCCCCUCCCUGCCGCUGGGCUGGGCGCAGGCGUACGGCGGUGGGGGUGUUCGAGGCUUGGCCCACGUACGCCCCCCGGGUCCCAGGAGCGGCGGCGGCACCGGCGGCUUCUUCCUCAUGGACUACGAGCCGGCCUGCCCUCUGACCCCGCCGCCGCCCGCCGAGUCCCGCUCCCCGACGCCACGCACGCACCCACACCCACACUCGCCCUACACGCCGCACGCACACUCGGAGUUCGAGGCGGAGCUGCUGAAUUACAGCGAGAAUGUGGAGAAUGAGGAGUACCUGCCCGCAGAAGUACUGCAGGUUGACAUGGCAACUCUGGCGGAGCAGAUCAUCGAGGCUACACCUGAGCGCAUCAAACAGGAAGAGUUUCCUCGAGGGGCCGAGUCUCCACUGAGGGAGAGGCGGGAAAACACGGCCGCCAUCCACGACACCAUGCCCUGGCUGGCCACCUACCUGGACACAGUGGACACGAUCCCUGCGUUGUCCCCUCCCAGGUACUCUCACCUGGACACAGUGGACACGAUCCCUGCUUUGUCCCCUCCCAGGUGUGUGACGCGCUCCCCGCAGACGCCGCCGUCUCCACUCAGUGCCCUGGCUCUGCAGCGGCUCCGUCCUCCGAGCAGCGCGGCCUGGGCGGAGUUCCUGAACGCCUCGGCCAACGGGAGGAUGGAGCGCGACUUCGCCCUGCUGACCCUGACCGACAGCGAGCAGCGGGAGCUCUACGAGGCCGCCCGCAUCAUCCAGAACGCCUUCCGCAGAUACAAGGGGCGGCGGUUAAAGGAACAGCAGGACAUGGCUGCAGCGGUCAUCCAGCGUUGCUACAGGAAAUACAAGCAGUGGUCAUAUGCGUGCUGUGGACCGAGAGCAUGUGGAAUACUGACCGCUCCUCGUCCUCCUCCUCCUCCUCCUCCUCCUCCUCAGUAUGCGCUGUACAAGAAGAUGACCCAGGCGGCCAUCUUGAUCCAGAGCAAGUUCCGCAGCUACUACGAGCAGAAGAAGUUCCAGCAGAGCCGGCGCGCGGCCGUGCUCAUCCAGCAGUACUACCGCAGCUACAAGGAGUACGAGCGCCUCAAGCAGGGGCCCCGGGGGGCCGGGCCCCUCAACCCAAAGAUGAAAGGCACAUUUCUGACUAAGAAGCAGGAUCAGGCAGCACGGAAGAUCAUGAGGUUCUUCAGACGCUGCAGGCACAGAAUUAAGGAAUUGAAGCAAAGCAAGGAGCUUGAGAGGAGGGGCCUUACAACCUAAGUCUAACAUGAACACACACACACACACACACACACACAUAAGCGAAUGCACCUUUACACACAUACACCCACACAUAAGCAAAUGCACCUUUACACACCCUUACAAGUGUAACUAUUUACUGACAAUACGGUUUACACCUUACACACUAGCACACAUUACACUUGGACACACAUUUUUUAAAUUGUUUGCACAAACACAUAAGAUGCACUCCUUGACACGUCCACACACACAUGUGUGCGCACACACACACACACACACGCACACACACACACACACACACACACACACACACACACACACACACACAUAGGAACAGCUCCAUCCCCUCCUUUGGCCAAAGGAAAAGUGAGCCCACUAGCACUCUUCCGCCUGGUGGACUCCUCCCUCCCUGUCUGACUUCAGCCGCUCUGCAUGCCAAAAGAGAAGAGCUGCCCUCAUCCCUCUCUUCCUCCCCUCUUCUCUGCAUCUCUCCAUCUUUACACAGCCCUGCCACCUCCCCCUCAUGCCCUUGCUUGUGGCUUUGCCUUUACUUGUACGGUUUCUCCCCGGAUCUGUUGGACGGGAGGAGGAACUGGGAGAGAGACAACAAAAGACCGCUGCAGAGACGACAGACGAGCGACUGAAGGAGUGUGUGGGAGAGGAAGACGGGGAGGGAGGAAGUUGACCCCGAGCCUUACUGAGAUUUUCAUUGUCGGAACAGGGGAGUGAGAAAGAGACGAAAGAGAACGAGACUGUAGACUAUCGCUUUACUUGCUCAGACUUGUUUGGACUUCGUGAUUUUAUUUCUUUCCAUCGCAGCUUUUCACAGAAUGUAUUGUACUUUUGAAGUAUACAAAUCUUACGAAACCUCUAUAAAAACAUAUAUAUACAUAAAUAUAUAUAUACCCAUUCAACAUAUAUAUAUAUAUAUUCUACUUGAUGCAUAUAUAUAUUCUGAAGAUGAUGAAUUUCUUGAUGUCUUUAAUAUUGUCUUAUUUAUGGAGAAAUAUGAGGCAUGUUUUCUAACUCCUUUUUUGUUUAAUUCCCUCUAUCUGGUGAGGGAAGGGGUGUCAAUAGAUAGUGUGAGUGAGAAAGAGAGAGAGAGAAAAAAAAACAAGUCUUAAAAGAAAAAAGGGGGACAGAGAAAAGAGAAAAGUGAGGGAGAGAGAGAAGCCUCGUUGCUUUUGCUCCCCGUCGCUGGGUUGCAGAUGCACUAACUGCCCAGGCUGGAAGGACAGGUGUGUUUGUUUGUGUGCGUGAGUGAGUGAGUGAGUGAGUGAGUGAGUGAGUGACAAAGUUUUACAAUGAAAGUUUGUUUCAGCACUUUGAGCUCAGGGGGAGCCCCUACACAUACAGAGAGAGACAUACACAAACACACACACAUAUACACACACACACACACACAUACACAUACUGUACACACAUACACAUACAUACACACAUACACACACACACACGCACGCACGCACACACACACUAUGCCCAAAGUGAGCAGAGCUUGUAUGGGUGUCCUAUAAAGUGCAGUGCCUUCAGGUUAUUUUGCUCUGUCCACUAACGAGUUUGCAUACACAAGAAGACACAUAUACAGUAUAAACAUAAAUGCACAUAUCAAGACACCCUCACAUAAACACACACACCCUCACACUUUCACUCACAUCCUCAUUCUCUGGCUUUAUAGUGGUUCGGCUACAUUGUAAUUUCUUAUGGCUGAUUUAAUAGUAAAUAUGUGAUUCAUUGUUUGAGUAAUUGUGUGUGUGUGUGUGUGUGUGAGGGUGCGUGUGCAUAUGUGUAUCGAUGUGAGCUAUAAUCAUUUCUGGUGCGACAUGGCAAAAAGCACAGCACAGAAUUGCAUCUUAAACAAAUAGUGUUUGUGCUGGCUUGCAUGUGUCAGAGAGAUAUGCAUUAAUUUGUACAUAUUGUAAAAUGAGAGGAAAGCUAUAAUGACAAUGAUUAUGAUGAUUCUAUAUGAUAUCCUAUAUUUCAGCUAGGAGUGAAGGAGCGCUGCUUGAGCUUGAAAAAAAAAAAACGUUUAACUUUUUCCUGGUUUUAGUGCAGCUCUGCAUGUUUAUGAUUUUAUUUUAUUUUUUUGUGAGAAUGCACUUUUGCGUGAGUGUCUGACUGCGUGUGGGUGUGUGUAUGUAUGUGCUGUUUGGCCCUCUAUACAGCCGUUGGCAUGAAACCAUACUGAUUUUUAUUUUUCGGGUUUAAAAAAACAUAUAUUUAUGACAUUUAGUAAUAUUUUUGGUGUGCAGCUUGUGAUGCUGGUGUGUAAUGUAUACAUUUAUUUAAAAAAAUAUAUUAAGGAUUUUUUCUGUAAAUUCAUGUUCUUUUGAGUCCCCUUUUGCAGAUGUUCAGAAUGUUUUAUUACGUCAUAAUGAUUCAUUAAAUCUUAAUUCUACCAGAA